ACAACAACGACUCGCCACUUGACACCGGAACGUUCACGCUGGCCACAAACACAAGCAAGCCCACUGGCAGCGCUGCGGCCCUCGACGAAGUGGCCAAGAAGUGGCCAAGAAGUGGAAAAGUGCUAAUAAGCCAGUGAGUGUGUCUCGGAGUGUAACCGGUCGUGGUGUGGUGCGGUGUAAUUUUGGCUUGGACAACUGGACGACAGGUUGCCGCGUUGAGUGUCCUGGUGUGUGUCUGUGUGUGUCUCUCUCUGUGUGUGUGUCUCUGUGUGUGUGUGUGUGUGUGUGUGUACUAAAGUGUAACCAACAAAUUAUUACCGUAAUACUAAGGAGUGCGGCAAGCAUUAAGGAUUUCCCAUGGACUACUGCCAACCACAAAGUUUGCUUAAAGGAUUAAAGCAUCUGGCAUUGGCCGAGUUGGAAGCCCAAAUGGAUAUGCAAAGCAAACCAAAACCGGAGCAGGAAUUGCUGCAACCAUUUUGUGGACUCAGCAUUAAUUGAAAAGCAUUUCGCGGCUUGCUUGUGUUUUGUGCAAGUGUUUAAAUAAGUGCAUAAAAUAGAUAAAGCUUUUAUAAAAAAAUAAUAUUAAAUAAACAUUAUUCUUUCGAUUCGAUGAAUAAGGAUAGUAUGUUUGUAUAUUGAAAUCGAUUUGUGGAUUGGCUUAAAAUAUUGACUGGCUAACUGAAAUCAAUUUGGGCAUGCGGCUGCUGUUACCACAACUGUUGCAUGCAACAUGGAUGGCGAAAAUCGGAUUAUAUUAAAUGUGGGCGGCAUCAGAUAUGAAACCUAUAAGGCGACUCUCAAGAAAAUACCUGCAACGCGUCUCUCACGCCUCACCGAAGCUCUGGCCAAUUAUGAUCCGGUGCUCAACGAGUAUUUCUUUGAUCGGCAUCCGGGCGUCUUUACCCAAAUACUCAAUUACUACAGAACUGGCAAGCUGCAUUAUCCGACAGACGUCUGUGGGCCACUCUUUGAGGAGGAACUGGAGUUCUGGGGACUCGACUCGAAUCAGGUAGAACCAUGCUGCUGGUCAACUUAUAGCAUACAUCGCGAUACGCAAAACACCUUAGCCAUAUUAGAUAAACUAGAUAUUGAAAAUGAGAAACCCACGGAGGAGCAAAUAGCGCGUCUGUUUGGCUUCGAGGAGGCAUUAAGCAACGGCGAGCUUAACUGCUGGCAACGAUUAAAGCCCAAAAUUUGGGCCAUGUUCGAUGAGCCGUCGAGUUCAACGGGCGCCAAGUUCGUUGCUGGCAUGUCGGUAUUCUUUAUAUUUGUUUCUGUGAUAUCAUUCUGCCUGAAAACCCAUCCUGGUUUUCGCGUGGAUCUGCCCACCAGCUACGGCGCAGGCUCGCCACUGCCUGGCCACAAUCUGCUCGCGCCGCCCUCAUCUCAGCACCCGGCGCAGCAGUCGCAACAGCAUCAGUACCACCAGCACAGCAUAACGCCACCAAGCGGCAGCAUUGGACCCACUUUUCGUGUCACAAACUACACCAGCUACAGCAGCGGCAACUUGAGUGCCGCUCAGGCCACGCCCAUUGCCACAAUGAAGGGCCAACAGCAUCAGCGCCAGCGACUGAAACGCGAACAAAACGCGAGCAGCCUCAACGAGUUCCUGGAAAAGAAGAUACUGGGCAACAGUGGACUCAGGCAGCACGGCUGGAUCGAGACCUAUGGCCAGCCGCACAAGGCCUUCUUCUACGUGGAGCUCGUCUGCAAUGUUUGGUUCUUCAUCGAAGUCCUUAUCCGACUAAUUGUUUCACCAAAUCUGUGGCAGUUCAUCAAGUCGCCCGUAAACAUCAUUGACUUUACGGCCACGCUGAGCUUCUACACGGAUGUGAUGCAACGGAUGGGCGAGUAUACGGGUUUGUUGGAGGCCUUCUCCAUUGUGCGCAUAAUGCGGCUCUUUAAGCUGACGCGUCACUCGCCAGGACUACGCAUCCUAAUACACACGUUCAAGGCAUCGGCCAAGGAAUUGACUCUGCUCGUGUUCUUCCUCGUGCUCGGCAUCGUCUUCUUUGCCAGCCUGGCCUACUAUGCCGAAAAGUUGCAGGACAAUCCAGAUAACCAAUUCAAGAGCAUACCAUUGGGAUUAUGGUGGGCAAUUGUUACCAUGACCACAGUGGGCUAUGGCGAUGUUGCUCCCAAGACCUAUCCGGGCAUGUUUGUGGGCGCACUGUGCGCCCUCGCUGGUGUCCUGACCAUCGCACUCCCCGUACCUGUUAUCGUUAGUAAUUUCUCCAUGUUUUACUCGCACACACAGGCACGCUCCAAGUUGCCCAAAAAACGGCGUCGCGUUUUGCCCGUGGAGCAGCCACGUCGGAAACGGGAGCCGCCGGCGCCGCAUCGCAAUCGGACGAACGCCAUUAAACAGACGACGCCCACGGUGCCGGGCGUUGUUGGCGGCCACGCCCACACGACUGUGCAGGCGCCCACGCCCAUGUUUAAGGAUACCUUUGGCAGCGCUAAAAUUGCGGACUACUUAAGUGUGCCGGCGGUGCAGAGCCUGCAGCCGAGGGCGGCAACAACUGGACACGAAUUCAUGCUGCCGCUACAGCCCAAGCUUGUGGCGCCACUGGAACGCAAGGAUCAACAUCCGUUGCAGCUGACUGCCCACAACUUGGCCUCCGACACGCAUCAGAUGUAUGCUGGCCACGCCCACGGCACGAAGACAGGCACCGUGCUGAGUGUGCCGCCCACCAUCAGCAUGACGCACACCCAAAUGCCGCCGGGCAUGGCCAGCAUGGGUCAGCGCACACCCAAUCUGAGCUACCGGGCAAUGCAUGCGCCCAUCCAGCAGCCGAUACCACAACAGUUUCAGCACCAGCAUCAGCAUCUGACCUCGUCCAGAUCGAGCGGUGUGGAGUCGUGUAAUAUUAAAAUUUCAGUCGCCGGCUCAGCUGGCGCCUGUUCGGAGGAGCUAAUGGCGCCCAAGGUGACGCUGCUCGACGAUCUGAGCGAUGAGGUGAAUUCCUCAACGGAUGACUGCGGCGAGUGCUGUCUGGUGGACGAUAGCGAUACCUACGAGGCCAGCAACAACAAUGGCUCCUGUACAAAUCAGGAAAUGGAGCAGGAAAGCGCCACUGCCGAGGAAAGCGGUGACAGUUUGGGUGGCAUUUACAUAGGACCCACCCAUUGAUUUUCGGCCAUUAAAUGGGAAUUUCCAUGCUAGGUACGUAAACAUAUAUGCAUAUGUAUUUGUGUAUAUGUUUAUGUAUGUAA